AUGGACAUCUUGACCUCAAUUAUUUCUAUAAUAACGAGUCCACAGUUGAACCUGUUGGGCGGCAGUGGGUUAUCUAAUUCACUACAAAAGAACUUUGGAAAAUCUGAGGAGAAAAUUGGAGAACUUAGAUGCGGCCAAAGACAGGAUGAAGCAUAUGGUUUGAUGAGACGGAAAGGAAAAGGUAAAAAAGUUCAUACCGACGUCCAGAAAUGGCAGGCACAAGCUCAUAAGAUGAUUCAAGAGGCAAAUAAAUUAUUGGACGAUGAAGAUCAUGCAAAGACAAAGUGUUUCUGUAGAAGUUUCCAGUGUUUCUUACAAUGCUCGCCUAGAAAGAGAUAUUUGACACACCCUCCGAAGACUACAUGGCCUUCGAAUCAAGGAUUCAAUGGUGACACAAAUCAUGGCGGAAUUGAGAAAUCCUUUACCAACUUGGUUGCGUGUACGGAAUGUGGGGUGGGGAAGUCACACUCGUCCAGGAAGUUUAUAGACAAGCUAAAACAGAGAAAUUAUUGA